GAUUUACUGCCUCAAGAUGGGUAUGUUGGAAGAUUCCAAUAGUUCUACUGGAUAUGGAGCCAGAAAUUGUGUGGAAUGCCUGGUGUUUCUUUCAGUUCUUCUUGGAUGCCAAUCUGAGAGGAAAGGCCAGAUGAGGACACAGCAAACAGGCAGAUGGCUGUGAGAUGGAAGGGAAGCCUCAUCAGAAACCAACCCUGAGGGUACCUUGAUCUUGGACUUCCAGUCUCCAGAACUGCCUCUGGCAGCUCGUGGUUGGCAGGAGCACGAACCCGUGGUCAGAUGCAACGUCCUGCCUCAUGCAUUUUCCUCUUGGUGCUUUGGUCAGAACUUCAAGUGGAGUGAAACUCAGGAGCUGAGAAACCGAGUCACUGUGAAAAGAUGGGAAAUUACCUCCUGCGAAGACUCAGGCAGGAAAUGACUACAUUUGAAAGAAAACUUCAAGAUCAAGAUAAGAAAAGCCAAGAAGUUUCAUCCACUUCUAAUCAGGAAAACAAGAAUGGCAGUGGUUCUGAAGAAGUGUGCUACACUGUCAUUAAUCACAUCCCCCAUCGGAGAUCCUCCCUGAGCUCCAAUGAUGAUGGCUAUGAGAACAUUGACUCCCUCACAAGGAAAGUGAGACAGUUUAGAGAAAGGUCAGAGACAGAAUAUGCCCUUCUUAGGACUUCUGUUAGUAGGCCUUGUUCCUGCACCCAUGAGCAUGAUUAUGAAGUUGUGCUUCCACACUAAAACCCUCAAGCUGCUUUAUCACCUUCCAGCAAUGAAGACAAUGCAGAAUAGCAGAAUCUGGAGAAGUUCUUCACCCCAGGCAGUGCAUGAAACUUUCCUUUCUGGCUAAAGUCUAGAAAUAUUAUCUUAUUAUAUAUCCUUAGGCAACUCUGAAAUGUGGCAUCUCUGUGGUUUAGGUGAAAUCAUAGAAAUUGACACAAUGACCUAAAAUAUUCUCUGUGUUUUUGCUUGUAAAGUUUGAGGACAUGGAGGUGAUAAAAAAAACUUUCUUAGGACAGUAAUGUAAAAUGAAAAUAAAUUCCUAAUCCCCCUGACUAACUGAAUGGACCCCUUCUGGGCCAAGGAGACCUCAGAUGAACCUGAAAGACUGAAUUCUGGCCAUGAUAGGAAGGGAGAUGAGACACACCUUGUUAUACCCUUUCCCUUUUGGAGUUUAGGCACAAGUGACCAGGAUGAGUCAUAAGACUGAUGAAAUAGACUGAUUGUGGCAGUAAGAGUCCCAAUUCCAACCUGACUCUGGUGUAGAUCACACACUGUCUGAGGGAUUCCAUUUAUGAGACUUUGUCUACAUAACAAAGACCUUGGUUUCCACAACCCCUUUAGUUUAGCUAAAGCAUUCUUUUCUACUGACUUCUUAAGUCUUUAGACAAAGCUUAACUCUUUCAACCAAUUGCCAAUCAGACAAUCUUUGAAUCUACCUAUGACCUGUAAGCUCUCUCCUGCUUCAAGAUCUUGCCUCUUUAAGCUGAACAAAUGUGCACUUUCCAGGUAUUGAUUUAUGUCUUUGCUUGUAACUCCUGUCUCCCUAAAAUGUAUAAAACUAAACGGUGACCUGACCACCUCAGGCACACUUUCUCAGGACCUUCUGAGAGUGUACUCCAGGCCAUGGUAACUAAUAUUGGCUCAGAAUCAACCUCUUUAAAUAUUUUACAGAAUUUGGCUUUUGGUCAUCAAUAAGUCCCCACAAAUAUAUGUCCAAGAAUCUUCAAUUCCAACCCUGCUCACCAAAUUUCAAAUGCCAACAUCUCCCUAUCCAAUUACCUAUUUCAUCUUUGGGGUGUAAUCUACUCAAUAAACAGUAUAAGACCAGUGACCAGACCCUUUGCUAACCUGAUAUUUACUUCAAUUUUUCUUUUUCUAUAUGCUGGAGAUUUUUGCUUAUAAACUUGCAGUAAUAGUUCAAAAAUUAAUAGUUUUUGACAUUGGCUUUUCUGAGAAGAGAAAUUGAAAGUGUCACAAAAUUUAACAAAAGAUGAAAUGAAUCAUAUAUAAUUGUCCAUUUUUUCAAUUUUCUAGCAAAUAGAGAAUCGAAGGAUUAUGUUCAAAGAUUAGUAAAAAUUGAAAAUAAACUUGUGCUUAUACUUUGUUGCCAACACACUAGUUAAUUUAACCUGUGACUAGUUAUCUCUACUGAAGGUGGAUGUAUAGUUUCUGGUUUUAAAAUUGAAGCCAACUGGAAAAUAAUCCAUCUAAUUAUGCUUUCUUUCCCAAGAAAUUUUUAAAUGAUAUGCCAGCUUCCUAAUUUGGAGACAAAAGCCUUAAUUGACAAUGCAUUCAUUAUAUAUUUUUUGGUAUAGUUACAGUAUACAAGUUGAGUAUCCCGUAGAUGAGAUGCUUGAGACCAGAAGUGUUUUGGAUUUCAGAUUUAUUUUUGGAUUUUGGAAUAUUUCCAUACACAUAAUGAGAGAGUUGGAAAAUGGGAUUCAAGUCUAAUCGUAAAAUUCACUUAUGUUUGAUAUACACCUUAUCUGAAUAGCCUGAAGGUAAUUUUAUACAAUAUUUUAAAUAAUUUUAUGCCUGAAACAGAGUUUGUGUACAUUGGACCAUCAGAAAGCAGAAGUGUCACUAUUUCAAGUCAGUGCUCAGAAAGUUUCAGAUGUUAAGCUGGUGAUGCAGUUCAUGCCGGUGAUCUGAGUACUUUGGGAAGCCAAGACAGGUGGAUCUCUUGAGCCCAGGAGUUUGAGACCAGCCUGCACAACACAGUGAGACCUCGUUUCUACAAAUAAUUAAAAAAUUAGCCAGGCGUGUUGGCGCACACCUGUAGUCCCAUGUACUCAGGAGGCUGAGGUAGUAGGAUUGUUUGAGACUGGGAGGUUGAGGCUGAACUGAGCCAGGAUCUUGCCACCACAUUCCAGCUUGGGCAACAGAGUGAGACCCUGUCUCAAAAAAAAAAAAA